AAUAUCUAAUAUUGACUUCAGUAGUGACUGUCCGUGUGAUUUCUGUUUGUGUGAGUACCUUCAUCAUGGCGGCAUACACCCUUUCCACUUGCGACACGUUUUGCCAGAAGUUAGCGGUCUAGUUAGUAUAUAGAAGUCUGUGGACAGGACAAACGUAAUGUGCAUGCAUAUUCUCAGGGGGCGGGUCGGAAAAAGCAUCCCGGCAUAACCGGCUCAGUGGCCGCUCUGAGGUUUUUCUCUGAUUAAAGAUAACAUGUCGGUGUCAUAUCUUUUGCACUAGUGCAGAAAGUUCAGAGAGAACGUAUUUCGUGUGUACAAAAAUUUCAAGCGGCGCGAUGGGGUGUAAUGUUAUUUAACUUAAAGUUCAUAUUCGAUCGGUUGUAAAGAUAAUAAUUCUGUAAAUUGAAAUGGAAGUAAUAAAUCGCUUCGACACGAUGGACGAAAGCGCAGAUGAGAAUAUAAUGAGCGACGAAGCCGUUGGUGUCGUUUUGGAAGAAGCGGAGAUAGUAGAUUGUGACGCUGAAGCAGAGGUUGACGACGAUAAUGUACAGUAUCACUUGUAUGCAGUGAAUAGGAGUGACAAUACAAUAACAUACAAGGUUAUGCAUGUGAGCGAUGCUCACAGAGAGAAUAACGAGGUCUCGAUAGCUACUCCAGUGAACAAUGCCGUUCAGGUUUUAGCUUCUCCGUUAAAUGGGCAAUUUUACGUUCUAAGCAAUGGUAAUGAUGUUGUUACAUCAGAGACUGCACGAACAGUAGCACCUCGUGUAGCUAAGCUACAAAUAGAAGGAUCACAAAAUAUCAUCACAGGCUUAAAGAAGAGGGAUGAGAGGCGAAGAGCGACACACAAUGAGGUUGAGAGACGUAGAAGAGAUAAAAUCAAUAGUUGGAUCACCAAAUUAGGAAAGCUGUUGCCAGAUUGUGACCAAAAUACGAAUGGAGAAGGAGAUGCGAAAGUGAAUUUUGAAUCACAGAGCAAAGGUGGCAUACUGGCACGAGCAUGUGAAUACAUUACAAAAUUAAAGGAAGAUCAAGAGAAAUUGACUCAGAGUCUGGAGGAAAAUGCACAGUUGACGGAAGAAGCUAAGAAUCUCCGGCAAGUUGUGAAUGACUUAAAAAGUGAAAAUACAAAAUUCAAGACUCAACUUCUAAAGGACGGCGCAUUUAUACUCGGCCCAUAAAUACCGUCAAGGAUUAACAUUAGAUAAAUUUUUUUUUAUUAUAUAUAUCUUUUUUAUCUAAUAUAGUUGAUAUAUAGAUCUUGCAUCAUGAAUAUUAAAUAAAAAUAGAGAGAGAAACUUG